CAACAACAACAACAACAACAACAACAGCAACAGCAGCAGCAGCAGCACCAGUCGAUUGACAGAAUCACACCUCCUCUUGCUUCUUCUCCUUGCGACAAGUGCACCGACGAGUGCGUUGACCAGGGUUGUCAGCAACGUCCUUUGCUCUCUUGCGCCAACUGCAGCACCACCACCACCCCUCUCUGGCGUCGUGACGAACAGGGCAACACCAUCUGCAACGCAUGCGGUCUUUAUUACAAGUUGCACAACGUCCAUCGCCCCAUGACAAUGAAGCGAUCGAUCAUCAAGCGUCGUAAGCGUGUGACUGUGUCCAGCUUGGCUGCUCAGCAGAACGGCUAUCACCCGUCUUGUUCAUCGUCAUCAUCAUCAUCGUCGUCGUCGUCGGAUGAAAGUGACGACGGUCGCAAGCGCAAGGCAUCCCAUGACGAUGAUCAUCCUCACCAGCGUCCUGCCAAGCGCAUGGAAUUGCCUACUUUGGCCGCCAAGUAUCCCAUGCGUCCGUUGUUGCCACAUCAGCCUUCGCCGCCAGCAUCGAUUGCCCCUGUUCCAAUUGCUGCAGCUGCUCCAGUAGUAGCAGCAGCGACGACGACGACGACGACAACAGGAGCUUCUCGUCAGCCAUCCUCUUCACCCAGUGCAGAGCCUCGUCUUGAUCCUGUUGAACCCGAUGCGUUCCAGAAGCGGAUGCAUUUGCCAUCGCCGCCCAUGAAGCCGGUCUCUAACAUUGCUCGUCUUUUGAACCCAGACAAGGACAGCACGCGUUCGUUGCCAUCGAUUUCGUUGCCAAGCUUGCCAUCGCCUCCGUUGACUGCCCACGAAGUGUUCAAGGAACCUAAUGCAUCCGCUGGAAAGGAGCAAAGCCAACAACAACAGCAGCAGCAGGAGCAACAAAACUCAUCGGCCGUUGCAGCCGCCGCUGCUUUGGCCACGGUGUCGGCCUUGUUGAAUCCGGCUGUCCAUCCGCAUCAAACACAGCAAAUGCUCGAAGCGCACCGUCACGAAUUGCAGCGUGAGGUGAGCAACCUGACGUCACUGUUGACACGGACGACGGCCAUGUUGCAAAACUUGGAUCAAGUCAUGGCGGUCACCGGUACUGUCGAUCAACAGAAAAACACGGGUGUGGCCAAUGCGCUUAUGUCUUUGUUUGCAUUGGCACACAACAACAACAACAAGAACAACACUAAGGAAGAUCAUAUGCCCCUCACCCCUCCUUCCUCUUCUACUACUGACGAGCAUCGUCAUCAUCAUCAUCAUCAUCAUCAUCGCCGUUCGAUGGAUGCUCGUGUUUAAGCCUUUAUUACUCUUCCCUCCACCCCAUGAUACAU